AACGUUUUGUUCUUGAUUCAAGACCAGGAACCGAAAUUUUGCCAUCUACAAGCUAGCUGGUACCUUGCGCGAUGAAAGCACAAAAUAAUUGGAAAACAUAACAUUAAUGGUUAUGAUUUGAUAACAAACGACGUAUCAUAAGAGCCGAUACAGUGAAUUUAAAAAUUAGCUAAGCUUGCAUACUGUUAAGACUGCUAUCUAGCUCGCUCUUCAGCCAUCUGGCAGGAUUGUCGCGCGCUAACAUUAGCAGUUAGUUACCGUUAGCAGGUUGGUUACUGCCCGGUGAUGGCUGUGGCACAGAGAGGCUGUGUUGUGGCUGGGUAUUUACUCCUACUGCUGCUGACUGGGUGCAAAGCAAGGAUACACAAGCUCACCCUGGAGAAUGAAACUCGGUUUUCCGUCGACCUCAACAAUUUUGGUUUCUUUGCUAAUGGGACUCUGGAUGUCAACCUGACUUCUCUGCGCUUCCAUAGUGAUCAGUCGGUGAACUACAGCACUCACCCGGUUGGUUUCAGCCUCUCCAGGUCACGUGUGAACGGGGUCUUGUCCUAUACAGCAGAGGAGACAGAAGUGUGCCCACUCACUCUGAAAGAGUCCACCAAUGACGAGCCUCUCAUUCUUUUUCUUAUUGAUGUCAACAACCUCAGUGUCACCAUGAACGCUAUCAGUGCGAGAGAUAACGUCUUGACGGCAAAGCCAAAGGCUGAAGCACCUAAAGGUCAGAGGAAAACCAGGGAUGCUACUGAGGAGAAUAAACCAAAAACGGGCAUAGACGUGCCACACGAUGAGAUCGAUCAGAAAACAAAGACUGCAGAGCCUGUAACUGAGAAGAAAGAUGUUGACGUAAAAGUUCCAAAAGUUCCAGUAGAAGCUAAAAAAGUGGAGGAAAAUAAAAUCUAUCUGGAGAAGACCAAGAAAAUGACUUUAGCUCUGGACAAAAUUAACGACUCCUACAACUUCAGUUUCCACAUGAUGGUCGGCUUGCUGGCGCAGGGUCUGUACAGCCUCAAGUUCCACUACUGUAAGAACAGGGGGCCUGGAGUCAAACUGCCCUACUCCUUCACUGUGGAAGUGACAGAGAGGAAUCCAGGUGGCUACCUGUCGGCAGCAGAAAUUCCUCUGUCCCGCCUUUACAUUUGCAUGGCUGGAGUCUUCUUCUUUGCUGCCAUGAUCUGGGUGUACACACUCAUGAAGCACAGGUACAGUGUGUUUAAGAUCCACUGGCUGAUGGCUGCGCUGGCCUUCACCAAGUCCACGUCAUUGGUUUUCCAUAGUAUCAACUAUCACUUCAUCAACACGAAGGGGCAUACUAUUGAAGGCUGGGCUGUCAUGUAUUACAUCACACACCUGCUCAAAGGCGCUCUGCUGUUCAUCACACUGGCACUGAUCGGCACCGGCUGGGCUUUCGUUAAAUACAUCCUGUCUGACAAGGAAAAGAAGAUCUUCAUGAUCGUCAUCCCCCUGCAGGUCCUGGCUAAUGUUGCCUACAUCAUCAUCGAGUCAACAGAGGAAGGCUCCAGUGAAUACUAUCUGUGGAAGGAGAUCCUCUUUCUGGUCGACCUCAUCUGCUGUGGAGCCAUCCUUUUCCCUGUUGUCUGGUCUAUCCGUCAUCUACAAGAGGCUUCAAGCACCGAUGGCAAAGCUGCCAUGAAUUUGGAGAAGCUCAAGCUCUUCCGGCAUUAUUAUGUGAUGAUUGUGUGUUACAUCUACUUUACGAGGAUCAUAGCCAUUCUGCUCAAGGUCACUAUGCCUUUCCAGUGGCAGUGGUGCUAUGAGUUUCUGGUGGAGGUGUCCACUCUGAUCUUUUUUGUGUUGACGGGCUACAAGUUCCGGCCAGCAUCCAAUAACCCCUACCUCCAGCUCCCCCAGGACGAGGAGGACGUGGAGAUGGAUGAAGUAGUGACUGAGUCAGGUGCACUGGAGGGUAUUUCCAAAGUGAAGAAGACGUCUAACGGACGUGAGCGCCAGAAAGAGUCGACCUUGUGAGCAGGAAGUUGCAUCUUCGGGAGGGACCCGUUAAACAUCCCCAGGCCAGCCGGUAUAAAGGGGUGCACAUGGACCAAGGCUCCCCACCCACAUUGACAGCUAUCAUUUUGAAAUUCUUGUGGUUGCAAGAGUUUCAAAAGGUUGCACUUCCAGAAAGGAGGCGUGACCACUGUCUGGCUAUGCAAAAAAGAAAAAAAAAACGAAAAAAAAAAAAAAACACUAACUUUGUUGGACGCUCUCCAUUUCCUUGAAACACUCCACCGAGAAACUCUGAAAGGUUUCAGGAGGAGAUGGGUUCCUGCCACAUGGAUGGGUGGAGAUAUGGAAAGGAGCUCUGAGGUUCUUUACAGUUCCCCUCUCUCUCUCUCUCUCUCUCUCUCUCUCUCUCUCCCUCCCUCCCUCUCUCCCCCUCUCUCUCGCUUCCUCUCUCACUCUCUCUCCCUCUCUCUCUCUCCCUCCCUCUCUCUUCCUCUCUCCAAAGAUAAUUAUAAUUAUCAUUUUAGAGAAAGACUUGCUUUCGAGUGUGUUUAUAUCAGCUAUUUAAAAACGGUACUUCUGCGAGCCUCUUAGCUGUACCUUCUCGUGUGUAAUGUGAGUAAACGUGUGUGUGUGUGUGUGUGUGUGUGUGUGUGUGUGAAUGUGAGACAACACAGGAUUUGAACACAACUGCUUUUUCCCCUUUGGAGACAAUAGCCCGUACUCAGGUAAAAGGCUAAUCAGUAUAUAUUAAAAAUUUAGGCAACAAUCUAAACAUGUUGUUUCUCUUUCCCACUGUUCAGGGCUCAGUAACGUCCCAUCAGUUAAUACACAACGUCACCACCACACAGUACAUAUGUUACUUUUUCUUAUAUAUUUGAUUUAUAUAUUGAAAUAUAUAUAUAUAUAUGGACGGACGGAAGAUGUUGUAUAUUUCAAUAUAUUGACUUAUUGCAUAUUGAAAUGUUAUAUUUCAGUAUUAUUGUUUAUGUUGGAGAGGUGAGAGUUCCUCCCAGUCCGUCAUAUGGACCGCUGCUGUAAUUUAGCUUUAGUGGUUGAGGUCGACCCACAUCUCUGUGAAUCCACUCCAGACGGUGACGUGGACCUCUUAAUGUAUAAACGAGUUUUUGGAUCAGUCUGUUAAACAACCAGAGCAGUGGCCCUAAUUGUAUUCAACGACAGCCUUGUUUUUUUUCCUUUUUGUUUUUUUCUGGGCAGAGAAGUGACCUAACUGAUCAUUUUUGAAUUCGACUGCUUUUUGGUUUUACCUUUUUGCUCUUGAUGUGAAGCUUGUUUUAUUACUUAUUGAUGACUUAUUGGUUUAUGAAAGAGCAGAAACAUUUGCAACCAAGUAGGUUAGGUGGCCAUUUGUAAAUAAUUUACAGAAGAAGACUGUUGAUACAAAAGGAGGCACAUAACACUUUCAUAAGAACUGCAUAGGAGCUUUAUAGACAGUGUUUCAGACAGCAAUGACACAGGUUCAGUUUCAAUGAGAUUUUUUGAUUCCAUUAAUAAAUGAAGGGGAAGAGUAAAUGUUAAUCAAGGAAAGACUACUGAGAUUUAACCACAGACACUUCUGUACGUGGAGGACAGAGCUGCACGGUGUUUACAGACUGUAAAUGUGUCUCCAGGCUCUGGGUGUCGGGUACCUGGUAGGACAAGAGUUAACAGACAGUAAACCAGUUGAGUGAAGAAGGUUUUGUGCUUGUUACACAGGGCUGUUUGUGUGAACUGUCACAAUAAAGCUGGUGUUCUGGAAAGGUCUCAAAUGAA